GCACAAGCAGCAGCAAACACGAAAAAAAAAGAAUGCCAAGCAAUAAUAAAAUACACUAAAUGAAAAAUUUUAUUAAAUAAGAAAUUCCAUAAUGGAUUCCUUAACGUACAAUACUGAAGAAAUUCCAAACGAAACUCAUUGCAAUAAAGAUGAAGAAAAGCAAGUAGAAACAACUCCUACUGCAAUAAAUAAUGAUAACACAAAUGAAAAUACAAUUGCAACCACAACUGCAACAAUUGCAACUACAGCAAUAAUUAACAGUAACCAAGAGACUGAUUUAGCGGCCAUGUCCAAAGAUUUAGAAGAAUCAACACUACAACUAUUACCACAAAUUAAAGAAACAACGACGACGAAUUCUUCUACAUCUGAACCACUAACUACUUCCUACAAUUCUAAUAUUGCAACUGAUACAACAUUAGCAACAAAUGUAUGUGCUACAACUGCAACAACAACAACACCAUUAUCAUCUAAUCAAUUUGUAACUCUUCAAAAACCAGAAAAUAAAUCAAUACAAUUACAUGCAUCUACAUCUUUAAAGAAAAAACGUAAUAAAUUUUCCAAAUGUCUUGUCGGCAAUAGCAACAAUAAUAAUAGCAGCAGCAGCAAUAGCAACAUUGGCGGUAUUGGCGGCAGCAUUAGUGUUGAUCAUCAUGAUUCAUCAUCGUCAUUAUCGAAUGUUUUGGCAUCGAAUAUAAAAACUUCUUUAUCGAUGACUUCAUUGCCACCGGAUGAAAAACAAGAAAGUCGUGAUGGUAUUAAGGCUAAAUUGAAGGUGGAGAGGCCUUAUAAUAGUUUAAAG